UCUCGGAAAAUAGACAUCUUCACAACCGAACAGGAGCUUCCAUUUGCCGGUCAUCCCACAAUCGGCGCUGCAUCGUGGCUGCUCGUUCACUCAAAGGAUAAAGCUUCUAGCGGACAAGUGGGCGAAUCAACCUCACUCACGACUAAGGCUGGAAAUAUACCAAUUUCUCUGGUGCCAGAGAAUCCAAGCCAAGUGUCUGCUUCCAUCCCACACAAUGUGCGUAUUCAUUCUACCAGAAUGGCACUGUCAGAACUCCUGAGGCUCCAUCCAAGCCUGGGAUCUUCGCUGGACGCUCAAGCGUACCAAGCCGGGUUCCCCGUCGUGUCUGUCGUCAAGGGGAUGACAGCAGUACACGUCCACCUCCCCAGCCUCGAAGUCCUGGCUCAGGUCACAACGGCGACGGAGUCAAUCCCAGCCAAGGGAGUAGCAGCCGGCGGUUAUUUGGAUGAGGGCUGGGAUGUCGAGGGCCAUGUUUCGGUCUAUUUCUACGUUCGGGAUGUCUGGGAUGAGGAGCUCCAGAAGAAAGUCAUUCGAUCCAGGAUGAUGGCAGGAAAUCUGGAGGAUGCCGCUACCGGCAGUGCUGCGAGUGGACUAGCCUCCUAUCUCACCCUGACAGAUCCCGAGAUCCUUGCAAAGGGCAAGGGAACCUACACCAUUAUCCAAGGUGUUGAGAUGGGAAAGAGAAGCGAGAUAGGGCUCCAAGUUACCCUUAAGGACAGCAAGAAGGAGAUUGAGACUGUCUAUCUCCGGGGGAGCGCGGUGAAAGUGGCUGAAGGAACAAUCAUGACAUGCAGUGAAUAG